AGUACCCACUAGCCUCUAGGUAACCUACACUUAAUUAUGGACGCGACUUUUUGGGCCGACGCGUUUAUUAAUUAGAUUGACCUUUUCUACAGUCUAACUUGAUUGCAACAUUUGCCUUCCACAUCUUGCUGCCUUUAAAGAGAUAACACAAUAAGGCAAAAAGGAAAAAAGGAAAAAAAAAAAAAAAAAGAAGGAGAAAAUCUAGCCUCAGAAUGUCAGCAGCAGGAGCGCAACAAGCUAUUACCCAGGGGGCUCUAGACGCCAUCUUUAACGAUCCGGACCACGUCGGCCAGCUCUUCCCAGUUCCCGUCCUACAAUGUCUACAGAUUAAGCCCCUUGCACCGCAGCAAGGCGCUGCUGGCCAACCCGAGCGCUAUCGUGUCGUCCUAAGCGAUAUACGCAAUUAUGUCCAGUGCAUGUUGGCAACACAGGCCAACCACGUAAUUCACGACGGAUCUCUCGUCCGCGGGGCUCUGGUUAGGGUGAAGUCGUAUCAAGCAAAUUCAGUGAAGGGAAAAAACAUUUUAAUUAUCCUAGACCUUGACGUUGCCACAGAGCUCGGUGUCCAUGACCGGAUCGGCGAACCCCAGGCAUUCGAAGCUAAGCCGCAAGAUGCCAAUCCACCAAAUGCAGCCAUAGGCGGAUCAAAUUUCUACGGCGCAAAGACGGAGUCUUCAGCACCAGUCAAAUCGGAACCAGUUAAAUCAGAACCUAUGUCGUCACGCAUGGGCGGCAUUACGAAUAACGCACCCCGUAGCAAUGGAAACCCUGUCAUCUACCCCAUCGAGGCGCUCUCCCCCUAUGCGCACAAGUGGACUAUCAAGGCACGUGUAUCCCAGAAGUCGGAAAUCAAGACGUGGCACAAGGCCUCCGGCGAAGGCAAGCUAUUUUCCGUCAAUUUUCUCGACGAAAGUGGCGAGAUCAAGGCGACCGGGUUCAACGAGCAAUGCGAUCAGUUUUACGACUUAUUACAAGAGGGCCAGGUUUACUAUGUUAGCAAUCCUUGCCGUGUCGGCUUCGCAAAAAAGCAGUUUACCAAUCUCCCUAAUGACUAUGAGCUUGUUUUCGAGCGAGAUACGGUCAUUGAGAAAGCCGAGGAUCAAUCUAGUGUGCCACAAGUCCGCUUCAACUUUGUCAACAUCGAAGAGCUCCAGCGUGUCGAGAAGGAUGCUACGGUUGAUAUUAUUGGCGUCCUGAAGGAAGUUGGCGAGGUCUCUUCCAUCACGUCCAAGACUUCCGGAAAGCCAUUCGAUAAGCGCGAAUUAACUCUGGUUGACGACACGCAAUUCUCCGUACGUCUUACUAUAUGGGGGAAGACAGCCACUACAUUUGCUACUCAGCCCGAGUCCAUUGUGGCCUUCAAGGGCGCGAAGGUGUCUGACUUCGGUGGUCGAUCGCUCUCCCUCCUCUCUUCUGGCACCAUGAGCGUUGAUCCCGACAUCGAAGAGGCCCACCGUCUAAAGGGCUGGUACGACUCGCAAGGCCGCACCAAUAACUUCGCCACUCACAAUAAUAUGGCAUCUAUGGGUGCCGCAACAGGCCGUGCUGACCAGACGAAGGUCAUUUCCCAGGUAAAGGACGAGGGCCUCGGGACCGAGGGUCAGAUCUAUUUCAACCUGAAAGCCACAAUCGUGUACAUCAAGCAGGAGAACUUCGCAUACCCCGCGUGCAGCAGCGAGCAGUGCAACAAGAAGGUCGUUGACCAAGGCGAUGGCACGUGGCGGUGCGAGAAGUGCGACAUCGCUCACCCGCGGCCGCAAUGGAGAUACAUUAUGAGCGUAAACGUCAACGACCACACCGGUCAGCUCUGGCUAUCGUGCUUCGACGACAUCGGACGCAUCAUCAUGGGCAUGACGGCCGACGAGCUCAUGGAGAUCAAGGAGAACGACGAAGACCGAUUCCCCGCUAUAUUCGAAGCUGCUAACUGUACCAAAUUCAAUUUCAGAUGCCGCGCCAAGGAAGAUACGUACGGCGACGUCACAAGGGUACGCUACCAGGUAAUGGGUGCCAACCAGCUGGACUUCCGAGCGGAGGCUCUGAAGCUAUCCGAUAUGAUCAAGCAGUUUGGCAUCAGCUCGUGAUCGCAGCUCUUCGACCCCAUCAUCGUCAUCAUCAUA